GAUGAAGCUCUAGGGUUUCACCCCCCGUAUAUAAGCCUCCCCACAACCCCGCCUCCAAAACCUUAGCCGCGCGGACGCCCACCACCACCUGCGCCUUCCCGCCGUCGCCGCCUCGCUCCGCGCGACCGAUCUGCCGCCGCCGCCACCAUGUCGCUGAUCGCCGGUGAGGACUUCCAGCACAUCCUGCGUCUGCUGAACACCAACGUGGAUGGGAAGCAGAAGAUCAUGUUCGCGCUGACCUCCAUCAAGGGUGUCGGCCGCCGCUUCUCCAACAUCGUCUGCAAGAAGGCCGACAUCGACAUGAACAAGAGGGCCGGCGAGCUGUCGCCUGACGAGCUCGAGAGGCUGAUGACGGUGGUGGCGAACCCCAGACAGUUCAAGGUGCCGGACUGGUUCCUCAACAGGAAGAAGGACUACAAGGACGGCAGGUUCUCGCAGGUCGUCUCCAACGCCCUCGACAUGAAGCUCAGGGAUGACCUCGAGAGACUCAAGAAGAUCAGGAACCACCGUGGUCUGCGUCACUACUGGGGCCUCCGUGUCCGUGGCCAGCACACCAAGACUACUGGCAGGCGUGGAAAGACCGUUGGUGUCUCCAAGAAGCGAUAAGCUAUAUAUCUACCAAUCUUGGCCUUAUUUUACCGUGUUGGUUCAUGUCCAAACAGUCUUGAUGAGGCGUUUCUGUUUAGACAGUUUCCUGAAAUGAUGUUUUGCCCUAGGAUAAUCAUUCAGUUAUGGAACCUUAAUAUAUUGUAUCGUACAAUGUGUUAUUGCAACUUCUAAGAGUAAUUUGAUUUUGAUGAGACAGUUGCGGAUUGACUCUUUA